AUGGCCAAAGCCGAGUCCGAUCUCAGAUCCAUACUCGAUGGCGGCUUUGAUCCUCAUAAGUUCGCCUGGUACGAGCCAGAACUGAUUGAGGUUCCUGAGCCAGCAAAGUCUCUGCUCGAGAAGUACAGCAAAAUCCCACCAGGACACGAGGUUGAACAUGUGAAAAAAGUGAGAGAUCGAGCAUUCGCUGUGUUUCCGUACCCAUGUAUUGGAUCAUUCCGGUUCCUAGACUUGAGCAUCCCACAGUCACCGCUCUACCCUGAAAUCCUGGAUAGACUCAAGUCUGGCCAGAAGCUGCUCGAUGUCGGAUGUGCAGUCGGGCAAGAGCUGCGUCAACUGGUCUUCGACGGGGUCGCUUCUGAAAAUCUAUAUGCUUCAGACUUGCGCCAAGACUUCUACGACAUUGGAUAUGAGCUUUUCAACGACCGCGAUCACCUCAAAGCCCAGUUCAUUGUAGCAGACAUAUUCGACGACAAUUCCGACCUAGUCAAGCAACUGACCCACAAAAUCGAUAUUGUGAACGCCGCUUCCUUCUUCCAUCUUUUCAAUUGGGACCAGCAGAUUCUAGUCGCAAAGCGGCUCGUUGGGUUACUCCAGGAUAAACCCGGCUCCCUUCUAAUCGGGCGACAGAUUGGUUUAGUGAACCCCCCACCUCCAGAAGAUAAGGAGGCCUCUGGGGAGCACUAUCGUCAUGAUCCUUCUACGUGGAAGAAGUUCUGGGAGCAGGUGGGUACUGAAACGGGGACGAGAUGGGAGGUUGAGACUAGGAUGGAGAAAUGGGCUGGGGCAGAUAAGAUGAUGAAAGACUACCAUGAGGGGAUGGACACUUUCAAGCUGAGAUUUAGUGUUCGAAGGCUGUAG